GGAGGGCCCAGGCCUUCCAGCACUCGGUCACCCUCCCAUCCAUGGACAGAACCAGUCAUGGCGGAGGAGGUAUGGGUGGGCACCUGGAGGCCCCAUCGUCCCCGGGGGCCCAUCAUGGCCCUCUACAGCAGCCCUGGACCCAAGUACCUGAUUCCACCCACCACGGGCUUUGUGAAGCACACGCCCACCAAGCUGCGUGCACCGGCCUACAGCUUCCGCGGGGCUCCCAUGCUCCUGGCAGAGAACUGCUCCCCAGGGCCCCGCUACAGCGUGAACCCCAAGAUACUGAGGACUGGCAAGGAUCUUGGCCCCGCCUACUCCAUCCUGGGGCGCUACCACACAAAGACCACACUGACCCCUGGCCCUGGCGACUACUUUCCAGAGAAAUCUACCAAGCAUGUGUUCGACUCGGCGCCCAGCCACUCCAUUUCUGCCCGAACCAAGACCUUCCGAGUGGACAGCACCCCAGGCCCCGCAGCCUACAUGCUGCCCAUGGUGAUGGGCCCCCACACGGUCGGCAAGGCCUCCCAGCCCUCCUUCUCCAUCAAGGGCCGCAGCAAGCUGGGCAGCUUCAGCGACGACCUGCACAAGACCCCAGGUCCCGCGGCCUACCGCCAGACUGAUGUCCAGGUGACUAAGUUCAAGGCUCCACAGUAUACCAUGGCUGCCCGGGUGGAGCCCCCAGGGGACAAGACCCUAAAGCCAGGACCAGGAGCCCACAGCCCUGAGAAGGUGACGAUGACCAAGCCCUGCGCCCCUGUCGUCUCCUUUGGCAUCAAACACUCUGACUACAUGACGCCCCUGGUUGUGGAUGUAGAGUAGCCCAGCCCUGCCCACCCCCGUCGCUGGAAGCCUCUGCAUGUCACAUCCCCC